AUGUUGAAGAAGCUUUACAUCAUUGUUCUGUUGAUAGAAGCUUUAGAGCAAAUGCCCGGGUAUGCUAAGUUUUUGAAAGAUUUGGUGACUAAGAAGUGGGCCGUGAGUUUUGAAGAUAAUGACAAGUUACAACAUUGUAGUGUUAUUGCUACAAGGUCCCUUAUGCGGAAGAAGGAGGAUCCUGGUGCCUUCAUUAUUCCGUGUACCAUAGGCUUGCUACAUUUUGUGAAGGCGUUGUGUGAUUUGGGUGCAAGUACUAAUCUGAUGCUAUUGUCUACUUACAAGAAGUUGGGUUUAGGGGAUCCAAAACCGACUGUGAUACGAGUGCUCAUGGCCGAUAGAACUGUGUCUAUGAAGCAGGGUAGUGAGCUCCAGUCUGUAUCAGUGGUGAAUCAUAUUGUAGAGGGUGGUUCUGAGGUGCCUAUUGAAGAGAGGUUGGGUGUUGAUGCACUAGCAGUGGUGAUGAUGAAUUUUGAGAGUGAUGGUAUUGAAGACUAUGAUGAAUUGGUCAUCGUACUUGAUAGGUUCGAAUUUUGUUCAAAACCUAAGAGAUUGGAAUUAGACUUGAAGAAUCAUACUUCUCCACCCGCAAGACCAUCUGUUGAAGAGGCUCCAAAUUUGGAGCUUAAGGCUCUACCAUCACAUUUGAGAUAUAUAUUAUUGCAGAUAUAUGGUACUUUAUCGGUCAUCAUUGUGGCAGAUUUGAAUGUGACACAAGUUUAG